GGCGGGCAUCAACACGGAAUUCUCCAGAAGGAUGGACAACGUCACAGUGCUGACCUUCACCAUGACGGCAUACGCCGUCAUAGAGAACUACAAACACGGGCUCUUUCUCCUUUUCCUCUCGCUGUACGUUGCGACCGUCUCCCUAAAUCUGCUGCUGAUCGCUGUCAUUGCACAAAACAGGGAGCUGCAGAAGCCCAUGAAUGUCUUUGUGUGCCUGUUAUGUUUCAAUGAGAUGUACGGCAGCACCGCCUUGCUGCCGUCAGUUAUGAGCGUGCUCCUGUUCAAGACUCACGAGGUCAGUGUCAAGUGGUGCACAGCUCAAGUCUUUUUCCUGCACACGUACGCCGGGGCUGAGUUUUGCAUAUUAGCUCUCAUGGGGUACGACCGCUUUGUUGCCAUCUGCUACCCCCUCCAUUAUAACACCAUCAUGUGCCAUUCAAAGGUGAUGAAACUGGUGGUGUGUGUGGGCCUCUAUCCCCCCGUUGUAUUUGCCGGUUAUUUCUGCCUGACCCUGCAGCUGAGCUUCUGUGGGAAAACCAUCCCAAAGUUGUACUGUGUCAACAUGGAACUGGUGAAGAACGCGUGUUCAAAUGUGCCGUACAUAAGCGUCCUGGGGUUUGUGCUGAUUUUGUUUCUUGUCAUCCCUCAGGUUAUCAUGAUUGUUUUCUCCUACGGUCAAAUUGUGAGAGUGUGCAAGAAAUUAUCAAAAGAAUCUCAAGGUAACGCUUUUAAAACAUGUGUGCCACAUUUAUUAUCUUUGCUCAAUUACACCAUUGGCUCCAUGUUUGAAAUCAUCCAGACGAGGUUCAAUAUGAGUCACAUCGCCAUGGAAGUACGCAUCUUUUUGUCUUUGUAUUUUGUCAUCAUACCACCGAUCACCAACCCGGUGCUGUACGGACUCGGAGCUCAGAUUGUUCGAGUCCACAUCAUCAAGCUGUUUAUUAAAUACAAGACCUUGCCGUCAAAGGUGGCAAAGAGGGUGACAACGGCUUAGCCUAAAGCCAGGGGGGUGCGAUUUUUCCAAGUAUUCGUGGGCCGUUUGAUAUUUUGAUAUUUUUUUUACACUAAGAAGUUUUAUAUAUAUUUAAAGAAAAAAAAGCUUGUGUUUUUUUUCUUUAGUUUUCUUGUUUAAUUGCAUUUUUGAAUGUGCAGCACAUCAAGAAAAAAAAAAAUAGUCGGCUCCCAGGCUGCACUUUGGACACCCCUGCCAUAGACAAUGAACAGUGAUUAUAAUAACAUAAAAACAUCAAUAAUAUAACAAAAUGUAUACACUACCUCCAUGCUAUUUACCUGGUCAUUUCUUUCAUCUCAUUUUUAAUCCAUGGAAAGCCAAGAAAAACGGUGACUCACGUCGAUGCCAUCCAAUCCCUGAAAUCCAUAUCAAAAUAUGUGCGUUUAUUUACCUGAAAGAAGCAAUUUAAUGACAUCGAAAAGGCUGCAAAUAAGAUUGAAACCGCAUGCUGACUCUCACACCUCCCAAAGCAGAAAAUACGUCAUUACUUCUUGUUCGAAGUGUGCGUACUGAGAAUAUUACUCUACCGAACUGUGAGA